AUGGACAAAGCAAAUGAAGAUGCUGUAUACUAUGACAAGUUUGAAGACUUAAGAGACAAGUUUGACGAUUUGAGAGCCUUCUCGAGGAAAAUUGACCGAAAAUGGAAACCAUCGAGGAACUUGGCUGAAGAAAAGAGGAACAAGGUGAUUGUUUGUCAUGAUAUGAAAGGAGGAUAUCUUCAGGAAGAUAUGUAAGUGCUUCAUUAGUGUUUUUGUGUUUAGGUUUAUGACGAAGGUGUAAGUUGGAGCUAUGUUUUGGCUUAACGUUGAGAUAAAUUGAUGUUAGAUUGGUGGUGAAGAUCUUGAUAGAAGAAAUAUCUGCUCGUCGUAUUUUAAAACGAUUUUGGUUUUAGAAGGUGUAUAAGAUCAUUAUCGUGCUAUUUGUUUUGAAAGGCUAAGGUUUUGACUUGACUUUCUUUUCUGAAGAAAAAACAAUAUAUUAUCUUACCAACUAAUGUUAGAUAGUGUAAUAUUGUAAACUUGCUGUUAUAAUCAAACUGAAGGCGUAAUUUGAAGUUUGUAUGAUGUUUAAGACGCCAAAGAUUUUAUAGAAUGAUUUAGAAGCAAAAACAUGUAUUAAAAGUUUAACAACAAGCAACUAUGUUAUCUUAACCAUCAACCUUCCUCAAUUUCAGGUCGUCUGAAUUCGAGCUCAAAGUAAACGAUCCAAAUCCGUUUGUGUAUGCUUUUUGGUGGUACACAGACAUCUUCAUAUACUUUUCACAUCAUUUUAUUACAGUUCCGACCGUUAGGUGGAUUAACGAAGCUCAUGAUCAUGAUGUUCUAUGUCUUGGAACGUUUAUCACCGAGUUUGAUGAUGGAAAAGUGAAAUGCGACGAGAUUUUUGGAUCUUUGAUUAACGUUGAUGAACUUGUUAGGCAUUUGGUCGACUUGUGUUUGGAGUGGCACUUUGAUGGGUGGUUAAUUAACAUUGAAAAUGAGAUUAAGGUAAGGGUCUUUUGAUGAAUAUAGUAAUAUAAGGCAUGUUUUUGUGAGUUACUGACUAGUUUUUUAGCUGUGAUUUGUAAAAUACGACUGAGAAUUAAUAGUUUGAUCUAAUUGGAUCUAAAAGGUUUAUAACUUUUGGCAUUUUCAGCCAGAACACAUACCAAAUGUCAUCUACUUCUUGGAGCAGUUAAGAAACAAGUUAAAGUCGAAUAUUGGCGAGCAUUCACUGUUAAUAUGGUAUGAUUCCAUCACCAAUGAGGGCAAGUUGGCAUGGCAAAACUGUUUGAACGAGAAGAACAACACUUUUGCUCAAAGAUGUGAUGGUUUAUUCACUAAUUACACUUGGAAUCGACGACAUUUGAAGGGUAAUGUAUUUUUUUAAUUUUCAAAGUUUUUUGUUGGUCAAAAAGUUUGUAGAUUGGUUAUUUAAAGGUACGAUUCAGCUGGUUUUUAGAUUUUUUUUCAAUUUUUGAUAAACCGAUAUUGUAGUUGAUAAAAUGAGCUUAAACUGACACAAAAGCCAUGUAAAACAAUAUUUUGGUAAAUCUAAAAAAAAUAAGGACAAAAUUGAUUCAAUUUCAAAAUUUUUAUUGUUUUAGUCACGAAAAAGUUUGUCGAAGAGAACAAGACCCAACUAUCGACUUAUGACAUUUAUUUUGGAGUUGAUGUGUUUGGCAGAGGAGCCUUCGAGGGUGGAGGGUUUAAUACUUACAAGGCGGUGCAGGCUGCUAGGAAUUACGAGUUUUCAUCGGCCAUUUUUGCGCCUGGUUGGACUAGCGAAUGCUUUGGGCCGGUAGGCGACCAUUUUGAAGAUUUGAUUUUUUAAUUUUUUUGAAUUUUUUGAAAUUCUGAAAUUUUGGUUUUUUUUAAUUUUUAUAUUGAUGUAGCUAUUAUGGGGGUUUUUUUAAGUUCUGGCUAGUAGGUAGUCCAAACUAGGAGAAAAAUUGAAAUUUCUGGCUAAAAUACGAAGCAACACUAAAUGUUACCGUAGAUUUUUUAACUAGAGAUAGUAACUAGUCUUAAACUACUGCAGCUUUUACUGUAAUCGUGUUACUGUAGUUUCAAAAGCGUAGAAAAUGGAAUGAAAUCAAAAUAUACAAUAAUAAUAUUGUAGAUCAAACAUCUUGAUCGUUUGUUCCGAAAUGUCUGUCAAUAUGUCCCGUACACCCGACCAGUCGCUUUACACGACCCUGAGGUGCGGUGCUAUUUGUUCUUUAUUUUCAACUUUAAAAAAUUUAAAGAUAUUAUCAAAAAAUACCUAAAAAUUAAAGAAAAGUAAAAAAUAUUACCUAAAAUUAAAAAAAAUCCUAAAAUAAUAUUCAAAACAAUCAAAUAUUCAAAAAUAUUGUAGGGGACUUUUUCGCUGGUCAAUCACUACAAGUUAUUCUCCCAAAUGAUUGAUAUUGUACAUCCACAUCGUGUGAAAAAUGACUUUAAAACCAAAAUGACAUAUGGGUUUCAAAAUGGCAGGUUCAACCCAAAUCAUCGUGAAAUUCAACCAUUUUUACUCGAAAGCGACGAUGUAAAGUUGACUGAAAAUGGCAUUGAAAUCGGUGGUAAAAAGGACUCAAAACAUGUGUGAGUUGGGCUGGUUUGGCUAAGGCAUUAGGGCAGGUUUGGCUAGGAAAGUAGGACAGGUUUGGCUAGGAAAGUAGGACAGGUUUGACUAGGGAAGUGGGCCAAGUUUGGCUAUAUAAGCUGAGCAGGUCUGGGCUAGAGAAGUAGGGAAGGCUUUGGAGAAGUAAUUCAUUACAGGACUAGCCUAGUAUGAGGUAUAAAUGACUGAUACUUUCAGCAUUUACCUAACUGAUAUCCUUAAUGUCAAAGACUAUCAAUUGUCGACUUCUAAUGACCAGCUACUGCCAAAAGCUACUACAGAAACCUAUAAAGAAGGCCACAGUGACAAGUGUAAAAUCACUGAAAUUUACGUGGUAAAAGCUACUGAUGACCCAGUUAUCUUAACUGAUCUUGAUUUUACUGUACAGUACGAUAUAAAAAAGGAGUAUCUAAGCUAUGACAUAGUGCCUUGA